AUGAGUUCUCAAAACAGCUGUGUCAAUGCUUCCCCAAGCUCCAACACACUCAGCGCAAGCACAACUUCAACCUCUACGGUUCGAUCGCGUCCUCGCCGCUUAGUUUCAUUCAUGGACGACGAAGACGACAGCAAUCCUGUUACGAACUACUCCUACCAGGACGAUGCCCAGCCCUUUUCCUCGGGCUUGUCAACGACUCUUGCGCCCUCCGAGGGUGGAACGACUCGGUCCCGCGGAGCGACUCCCUCGCCAUUGUCAUCCCGCGGAGCGUCACCACUUCCAAUCAAGCACCUAUCACGCGCGACCGAAUCGAUCAAUCGUGGUGCUCGCAGUGGGCCAACAUCGUUUCCUUGGAGUGGGUCAUCAAAGGCCUCGUCGUCGGGAGGUGCUGCGGACUUUCUGGACUCCUCGUGGUCCUCUCUUCAAAACCUGGCGUCUUCAGUACUCGGGAGUGAUGCCGGGCAAGCCACUUCGAAUAAUGUGACAAAGACACACACGCGGAGGAAACCAUCUCGGUCUGACGUAUAUAUCAAGAGUGCCCCCAGAUCGACCUGGGGUCCAUCGGCACCGACCGCUCCGCAGUUCGGAACCGGGACAAAGGAGGAGCGACAGGCUUUGGUCCAGGCCAAAAAGAGAGAAGCGCUGCUUCUCGCUGAUAGUGACCCGAUCGCAAGCCGUACGCUCCCUCACAAAAGACGCGACUCUGGCGACAUCUCAUAUCAAGCGUUCGAGCCGGAGCAUGAUGAAGACGCUCUGGCCUAUAUCCACAAAGUGCAACCCACAGACACCAUCACCGGCGUGACGAUCAGGUAUGGCUGCCACCCUGCAGUGUUUCGGAAGGCGAACGGUUUCUGGCCCAACGACAACAUUCAGAGCAGAAACACUGUUCUCUUACCAGUCGAUGCGUGCUCUGUGAAAGGCCGGCCUGUUCCCAGAGCGCCUGUUGAUCUUUUGAGCGACAAUGACGAAGAUCCCAGGGACAGCUCGAUAGCCCCCACGGCUGAUGAUACCUCAGCUGAACAGGAUACGCCCGCAACCGCGCCUGGGGCCGAUGGCAAUCAUGCUUGGAAGCAUGAAUCGUGGGUACACAUGGAUGGGUUUCCUGGACCAGUGCAAAUUGGCCGUGUUCCUCGGAGAGCAUUGGGAUUCUUUCCGCGUACGCGUCGAAAAUCUAUAUCUUAUUCGGAUGCAGAACCUCCCGAUCUUUACCGAGAAACAGUCACUCCUCCGUCUCCUACCGGGUCACCACCUUCCCCUUCGUCCUUUGGCUUACUGCCCCGAACUCGACCGAAUGGCGAUCUGCCCAAACCCAGACCCACACACCCCACUCGUCCUCAGCAUCGCCGCCAGCGCAGUAGUAUCCAGCUGUCUGCCACUGGGGUGGGAACCCUUGACCCCACCUCGACUGGUCCAGGGCCUGCAUUAGAUGGGUUCACCCGGUUCUUCGCACAGCACAUGCCGAAUCUCACACCGGCACAACCCCCAGAAAAUUCCCGGGCAACUUCUUUUGAAUCCGCAUCCACUGUCCCAUCCAAUGCAUCGACUGGCCUUGAGAACAUUGGCGGGGCUUUUGAGGGGUGGGUUCGAAAGGUAGCAACGCGCGCUAAGGCCGGCAUCAAUGAGCUGCAGCAGGGACCAUCCACCCAACAGGGUAGCAGCAGGGGUCGCAAUAUGUGGCGGAUGGACGACCUAAUUGAGCUUGAUGAUGGGAUGGUGGAUGACCGGAACUCCCCCAGCCCGCUCAAGGGUGCAUCGCGGAGGUCUGAGUUACAGACCACCUCAUCCUCAUCCUCAUCUAAUCGAUACAAUAGCCCUUCGGCGGUGGCAGCGAGCAGGUCUCGUGCGACUGGUUUUGGUUCGGGCUCCGGUUCAUCCGCAUAUGGCGAGCGAGUUAAGGAUGAUUAA